UUUGACUGGAGUUCGAGUUUGGCGUUCAUAUUGCAAAUCCGAAUUCAGUAUUCGUUCUGAAAUGUGCAAAAUGUCAGAGAAUUCGAUUUCUGUUUCUCUUUUCUUGUUCAGAAUCGGCUGAAGCUGUCUUCUGAAAAGUAAUUCGCACCAACAUAUUUUAGAAUUCAGAAAUUUAGCUGAGAUUUCACAUUCCGUUCGAAAUUUUCAUAAAAAUCUGUGGUAGAGAUUCUGUUCACCUCUUCUCUUUAUUAUCGAUCUUCACCUUGGAAAUCUAAAAACAUUAAUUCCGAUCGUAUUAUACCAUCGAAAUGUUUUUGAGGGCUUCAAAAUUUGUAUUUAUAACCUUAUUAAUAUAUUUUAUUGGAAGCGCUAUCGCCAAACCUAAAGGAGAUGAUGAUAAUGAAACUCCUAGUGAAGCAGACAAAGAUUCUCCAAAAGAAAAAGUACCAGAAGAAAAUGAAGAAAGUGCUACAUUAAAGGCUUUAAUGGACGAAAUUAAAAAAAUCCAAGAUGAAGCAGUUACAGAAAUGGUCCCUGUAUUUUCAGAAAUUGCGGAGAUUGAAAAGGAACGCAUUGAAGAGAUUUUUUCUACUGAAAAAUCACCAGAAACAGAAGAGGAAUCUGUAACUAAUGCAGAAACAGAAGAGCAGCCUAAAAUUGAAGUAUCUCCUUCAACAUUUAUAAUCACUACUCCAGAAGAAAAACCGGAAACUACUUCUGCUGCUGCUAUGGUAAAUACAGGUGGAACUACUAUUGAAAAAGAAGAGGCUCCUGAAGAUACAUUUGCUGUUUGGAGUGCCAAAGGAAAAGUUUGUCUCCUGGCUAAAUUCCAUGCAGUUUUUACAAUUAUAUAUUCAAGUCAAAGAGGGGAAGAGAAAGCAGAAAUUACAGUUCCAAAAACUGCAAAUUCAAGAGGAAAAUGUGGUUCAAAUACAAGAUUACCCUUGUUACAACUUUCUUGGGGGAAAUAUGCUUUCACAUUGAUGUUUAAUAAGACUGAUGAAGAGAAUUGGGCUGUUACUUCUAUGGAAUUAACUUAUGACACUGCAGAACCUUUAUUCGAUGGAGCUGUUAAUGCUGGUAAAAAAACUGCUAGAAGUAAGGAUGUUACUUUGUUUGAAACUCCACUGAAAAAUUCCUAUUUCUGUCCUGGGCAAGAAAUUAUACUUCUGUAUGCUGGAAAUAAGCAAGCUGUUACUGUGAGGAUAAGAGAUCUGCAGUUACAGCCUUUUGAAAUAGAGAAUGGACAGUUCUCUGCAACUCACCGUUGCAAUAAAGUUGUAAUUGAUGAAGAAACUCCUUAUGUUCAGGAUGAAACAGUGCCCUUUGCUAUAGGAUGCACCUUGGCCUUAAUAACUCUCAUUAUAUUGUUGGGUUUUUCAAUCCAUCGAGCUUACCAUGCAGCUAAAGUGGAUUACAACUCAAUGGAAUAAAGAAAAUUAUGGCAAAGAUCAUGGAAAUGAGACUUCUAAGUAACUAUUAUAAAAAAUUGCAAAAGGAGAGAAUAAAAUUCAUUUGCCACCUUCUAUGAAAUCGGUUAAAAGUUUUGUGAAACGAUUUGAAUAUUAUUAUGCAAUUGAGCAAAUAUGUUAAUGAAUAAUUUAAUUCUUGUAGCAAGGACAGAUUUAAAUUAUUUUAGAAAAACUUUUUUUAAAUAUCGGUUUCAUUUUAUUAUACGAUAGGACAUUUUUUCCCCUUUUUUUGCUUUCCCCCUCUUAAUAGUCUCAAAUUCAAUUUGCGGAACAGCUUUAUGUUUCUCCGAGAUUUUUGUUGUAGUUAAUUAUCAUAAUUAAUUUCAUUGUGAAUGUACAUAACAAUUAUUAUAUAUUGUGAUAAUCAUUUUUUUUUAUUAUUCAUAUUUGUUGUUUUAUUUUUUUAUAUCUGUAUAUAAAUAUUUUUCCUGUUAGUAAAUUUUUGUCUUUUAUUUUAUUUAAAUUAUCAAUGUUCCAAAAUAUCCAUGCUGUUGAUGAUCAUCUAUGCCGAGAAAAAAUAAUAAGUGCACAGCAUAUAUAAAUGCUUUGCUUUAUCUUAAAAUUUUUAGUAGUAGUUGUCUAAAAUUUGAAAUUAUUGAUUUUUUAUUAAAAUUGAAAACAGGUGUUUCAUCGUAUUUGUGUAUCAAUCUAAUGUACUCUUUUUGAGUCAUUCACAGUUAGUCAGUCUUGAAUAUAUAUCAGUUUAAUACUGUUGAAUAAAAUGUAGAUUAUUAAAUGAGGUGUAUUUGGUAUUUGACAGGUUAAACAAUAUAUAUUAAUGUACUUUUAUUAUAAGUAUCUCCUGUAGUUAACUAGUUUAUAACUGUCGAUUAGAAUUGAUUUUCUUGUUGAAAAUACUUUUACCAUUAAUUGCAAGUGUUUUUGGAAACUUACAAAA